UAUUUAACUUUUUCAAUUUAACUCGCUGUUACAACUUACAACUCCAAUCUCUUCUCCAGCGGCAUAAACUGAUAAAUUUUGUUAAUUGAGGGGCACUUCGAUUGUUGAAUCCAUUGAUCAGAAUCGCACAAGGAAGUGAAAAAGAGAAGCUGUGUCAGACUCACAAUGCCAGAGGUUAGGAUCAUUGCGAAGAAUUUCAUGGACAUGGUUGCUUCCAUGCCCGCUAUGAAGCUCGAUAAACUCUACGAAAAUGGAUUCAUCUGUGAAGCUAUUCUCAGGUCUCUGCCGCCUCUUGGGAAGAAAUAUGUGUUACAGCUGCUUCAUAUCGAUGUGCCUGUGGCGGCUAAAUUAUUGGAGGAGUGGGUGCUUCCAGAUGGAUAUACGAAGCACAGAGUAGCCAUUGAUAGAUUGGUUCAAUUGAGAGUUUUCGUUGAAGCUGUUGACAGGAAGAAUGACAAGACUUACAAACUUAACCCAACAUUCCAGAAAAGUCUCCAGCAACUUUUAGUACAUGGUGGAACUUUGCCAAGGGAACCAAUGCCAUCUAAUAUUACCGUAAGGCUCCCAACCUUAGAGGAUCUUGAGGCUUAUGCUCUUCAACAAUGGGAGUGUUUCUUGUUACAACUUAUAAGCUCAAGUCUUGUGGAAAAGCCCUCAAAUAUUAGCUCUUCUUUGAUGAAAGUUUUUCAGAGGCGGCUCCUAAGUCAAAGAGACAAAGAAGCUCCAAAACUAACUGAGAGUGGUUUCCAGUUCUUGCUGAUGGAAACAAAUGCACAACUUUGGUACAUCAUCAGGGAAUAUAUCUCUAAUUCUGAGGAGAGAGGUGUUGAUGCAGCUGACUUGAUCUCAUUCAUGCUGGAACUUAGUUUUCAUGUCAUUGGGGAGGCAUAUAAUAUAAACUCAUUGACCGAUUUCCAGAGGAGCAUAAUUAGGGAUCUAGCAGACCUUGGAUUGGUCAAACUUCAACAGGGUAGGAAAGAAAGUUGGUUUAUACCUACGAAAUUGGCAACAAAUCUUUCAGUGAGCUUGGCUGAUUCGUCAUCUAGAAAAGAGGGGUUUGUGGUUGUGGAAACAAAUUUUAGAGUCUAUGCAUACUCUACUUCAAGAUUACAUUGUGAGAUUUUGCGGCUGUUCUCAAAGGUAGAGUACCAACUCCCAAAUCUUAUUGUUGGAGCUAUUACAAAAGAAAGCUUGUAUAAUGCUUUUGAAAAUGGCAUUACAGCAGAGCAGAUUAUCAGCUUCCUUCAGCAGAAUGCUCAUCCUCGGGUUGCAGAUAGGACACCAACUGUCCCGGAAAACGUCACAGACCAGAUUAGGCUGUGGGAAUCGGAUCUAAAUAGAGUUGAGAUGACUGAAGCAUAUUAUUACGACGAAUUCCCUUCAAGGGAUGUAUUUGAAGGUGCAUGUGACACUGCCAGAGAAUGGAAUGGUUUGUUAUGGGAAGACUCAAAGAAAAUGCACAUGGUGGUUAAGACCGGGGUACAUACAUACGUACGAGAGUAUUUACGCAGCCAAAAGUAGAAGCAAAAUGCAAAGACCAUAUGGAAUGGUGCAUCUGCAUCCUGCUAACGUGCUAUGGAAAACCAGGAAACAAAAAUUUGCAUUAUCUUUUGCUCCUUGGAAGGGAAACAGAUGGAAGAGGCAAUGGGGUCACACAUUAGGGCAUUAUUCUCUUUUAGUUUGAUAAACACAUGCUAAAAUCUUUUUCCAAUACAGCAGGGUUAGGUUAUAUUGUGGAUUAUGUUCGAGAAACAACUUUCGUGUAACAAGGAAAUGCUUCUAGUUUGUUGACUAAAUGAAAAAGGGUUAAAGAUGCCAAAUCUUUUAGUUUGAUAGUCUCAAUAUGUUUCAGACUUCUGAUGCUCUUAUUGUAAAAUAUGCCACACUUUUGAGACUUUUUUACUCCAAAUAUUCAAUAA